CUAAUCACUGAUCACGGGUGGCUGGCCCCUCAGCAAGGCAGUUAGCCGAGGGCUUGCUUUCUCAAGAUGGCGGCCUCUAAGGACGGUUGCGGCGUCGAAGUGGCUGCAGGGAAUGGGCGGCGGCUCCACCUGGGGAUUCCUGAGGCUGUAUUUGUGGAAGAUGUAGACUCCUUCAUGAAACAGCCUGGGAAUGAGACUGCAGAUACAGUACUAAAGAAGCUGGAUGAACAAUACCAAAAGUAUAAGUUUAUGGAACUCAACCUUGCUCAAAAGAAAAGAAGGCUAAAAGGUCAGAUUCCUGAAAUUAAGCAGACUCUGGAGAUUCUAAAAUACAUGCAGAAGAAAAAAGAGUCCACCAGUUCACUAGAGACCAGAUUCUUACUGGCAGAUAACCUGUACUGCAAAGCUUCGGUUCCUCCUACUGAUAAAGUUUGUCUGUGGUUGGGGGCUAAUGUAAUGCUUGAAUAUGAUAUUGAUGAAGCUCAGGCAUUGUUGGAAAAGAAUUUAUCAACUGCUACAAAGAAUCUUGAUUCUCUUGAGGAAGACCUUGACUUUCUUCGAGAUCAAUUUACUACUACAGAAGUCAAUAUGGCCAGGGUUUAUAAUUGGGAUGUAAAGAGAAGAAACAAAGACGAUUCUACCAAGAACAAAGCGUAAUGCUGAAAAUUAAAAAUGUGUUUCAGUUUUUCAAACAUGUUAUUUUAAAUACUCCAGCAUUUAUCCGUAAAGAGUAACAUAACUUUGUUUUUUUUAACAGCAACUGAUCAAAACCUUAAAAAUAAACACCAUUUUAUUUAUUUAUAAAAAUAAAAUAAGUUACAAAUAUUUUAUGAAAUUACAGUAUUUUCUUUUCACAUUUCCCAGCAAAAUUCAUACUGCUUUCAUAAUUUUGUCUGUCAUAAGACAACUCUUAACUGAAAUUGGCCGAAAACUGUGAGGUAUGCCAUGGAGGCUGACUGUUGGGAACUAGCACAGUUUACUUUUUCUUUAUUGAUUGAUCUUACCUGUACUUGAUGUGGUUCAACCACUUUGGAAAUAGAAAAGACAGUUUCAGUAUAUGUAAACUUUUUUUUCUUUAGUACUUGUAGAACUUUUAUGGUCCUUUGUUGCCAUUGUCUUCUGUAAGUGGGGUUUAUAUGAGUUCUUCUUAAACAAUAAGUAUCAAGAUAUUUGGACUUUUCAGAAAAUGGCAAUUUGCCUUCCUUCAUAGUUGAGACGAUACUUUAAAACCCUAAAUAAGUGCACAGUGUCUUUGCAAUGCUAAUAUAAGGGAGAUCUUGGCUGAUGUGAAAUAAUAUUACCCAUUUCAAAGCUCAUGAGCUAAAGUGAUUCUGUAUUUCAUAACAGUUCUCCAAAGCAUCUUGAAUAUUUGCAAUGAUUUAAAAAACUUGUGAGCUUUUUUAUUCAUGAUAAUAAAACUGUAUAUGAAUAGUAAAAAGAAUCCCUGGGGAAAGCCAUUGGUACAGUGGAAAGUACUGGAUGAUACCGAUUCUGGCAGAAACACAAAAAUAUAUUAUUCCAUCUCCAUGUAGUGAAAAGUAUACUUGUACAAUGUUUUGUACUUGUAUUUCAUAUUAUUAAAACACUGAUGUUGAA